AUGUCGUACUGUUAUGGAUUAAGGAUUUUAUUAAUCUCAAUUCUGAUUUCGAUGCUUGCUGCAGAUUAUCCUUAUUGUGGAAAUGAUUGUUCGACCAACCCAUGCUCCUGCUGUAUUUAUGACACUAGCGGAUUAAUUGAGUUAUCUUUGGACGUAAACUGCCAGGAACCAAAUAGGAGUAGAAUCAUAGAACCAGGUAUAAAUUCUAACGAUGAUAGUUAUCUCAUCUACCAGAUAGAUUCCUGUUUAACAAAAUUACCAGAAAAUAUCUGUGAAUUUCCAAAAAUUAAAUCUAUAGUAAUCAAGGAAAAUAAGAUCACAGAAGUUCCAAAUUUAUCCUGUUUAUCUGAAUUGGUUUAUCUGGAUUUAUCAUAUAAUAAAAUCACCACUCUCAAAACUGGAAUAUUUGACUCAUUGACAAAGUUAAGCGUGAUAAGACUUCAGUACAAUGAAAUAAAAACAAUAGAAGCUGGUGUUUUUCAUAUGAAUUUGAAUAGUAUAAAAAAAGUUGAUUUAAAUAAUAACAAAUUAACCAAAUUAGACGUUUGGUCAUUUUUCAAUAUAACACAUAAAUUCUGUCGGUUUAAUGUAAGCUAUAACCAAAUCAACCAACUGAUAAACGAGAAGGGAAGAAAGAUACAAACACAAACAAACGAUGUUCAUGGACCUGGUUUCGUUGACUUUCGUCAUAAUCAUCUUCAAAUAUGGAUUAUUGAAGUAAUGAAAAGUUUGGGGUUUCCGACUGCAAGGAAACUGGGAUAUUUUCUACUAUGGGGAUUUGACUUCCGUGACAACCCCUGGAUUUGUGACUGUGUAUUGUAUGAUAUAAUGUCUAUUGUGAAAAAUUUUAAAACAUUGAUAUCAAGAAACUAUUUUCAAGUUUAUUGCUCUGAACCUAGAGUUGAAUUAUUUUUUGAUAUGGAACUUGAAGAAUUUGUUUGUAAUGUAACAGAAAGAUGCCCACCAGGAUGUUUGUGUCAAGAUCAACCAGCAUUUAAACGAUUUUUUAUUGACUGUCAAAAUUCGGGAUUAAAUGAACUUCCUGUUCAUCUUCCUCGUAGAAAAAAUCUUCAUUUGAACUUUAAUAACAAUUCUAUAAAUAGAUUGGAUAACAGGAAGUAUCUGAAAAGUGUUGAACACCUUGAUUUAUCAGAUAACAAUAUCACAUUUAUCUCUCCUCAGUCUAUAGAUAAUCUUAAUUCUCUGGAUUAUCUUAAUCUGAAUAAUAAUAGUAUUGAAUAUUUACCAGAAAAUAUACAGAAAUUAAGAUUAUCUAAGUUAGAUAUUGAUAAUAAUGUAUUUAUCUGCAAUUGUUCUAAUGUUUGGAUGUCUAAAUGGCUUAAAUCUAAAGAAUUUAUUAAAGAUGGUUCUAAUAUUACUUGUACUGUAGAAAACAAUAGAGAUAUUGUAAUACAAGACAUGAAUAUUGAUAUUUUAGAUUGUAGGCCGAUAAUCAUAUCUAAGAUUAUUAUCAUACCAAUAAUAGUAUCACUUGUUAUUGUUAUUAUCAUCAUUGUUAUUUGUAUAUAUUUAAGAUAUGAGUUAUUAACCAUAUAUUAUCUCAAAUUUAAAUUCAGACGUCACGUACUAGAUGAGUUUAAAUAUGAUGUUUAUAUAUCUUGUGAUGAAGAACGUGACGAGGAUAGAAUUUGGAUACAGGAAAAUAUCUUACAAUUAUUUGAUAAUCUGGGAUUAAAAUGUUACAUAUCGUUUCGUGAUGGAAUGGGCGGGGAAAUAACCGUAGAUAAAAAUAUCACAACAAUACAUAACAGUCGAAUUGUACUAGUACUGGCGUCUGAUACAUAUAUUACUAACUCUAAAAACAUGAUCGAAUUCAAUGAAAUAUAUCAUCAAACAAUAUCAAAUAAAAAUAGGGAAUUAAUUCUAAUCAAACGUGGAUUAUUUCAAUCAUCUAAAAUAAAGAAUGGAUAUAUAAGAUCUUUAUUUCGUUUGAAAUUAUAUUUAUAUUCAAACGAUGAAAAUCUCACAAAGAAAAUGAUCAAAAGUAUGAAUCUGAAGUUUUUAAAUCUAUAG